AUGUCUUCAGAAUCUACAGUAACAAAACCAACAUUUUCACCAAAUCGUACACGUUUAAAAACUUCUGAUCAAAAUAAUUCUAAUGAACAUGAAUUAUCAUCUUCAGCAGCAAGUGAAGAAAGUCAUACAUUAUUAUCUGAAACUGUAACAACAUUAGCAAGUAAUGUUUAUAAUGAAUUAGAACGUAUUAUAAAAAAUUUCGGUGAAAAUAGUGUAAAAGAUUUAAUGCCUGUUAUGAUAUCAACAUUAGAAUCACUUGAUAGUGCUCUAAAUGAACGUGAAGUUAGUAAACUUGAAAUUGAAUCAUUAAAAGAACAGAAUGAACAAUUAUUUCAACAAUAUGAACGUGAAAAAGGUUUUCAUAAAGAAUAUCAUCAGCGUUAUCUUCAAGUUGAAGAUCAUCUUGAAGAAAUGAAACGUGAAAAUGAUGAAAAAUUACAAAGUCUUGAAUCUAUUGUUAAAAUAUUUGAAAUAAAAGCACGAAAUGCAUCAGAUCAUGUUGCUCGUUUAGAAGAAAAAGAAAAUGAAAUGAAAACUGAAUAUAAACGAUUACAUGAACGAUAUUGUGAAUUAUUUAAAGCUCAUUGUGAUUAUAUGGAAAGAACAAAAAUUUUAUAUGGAACUGAUCGAUUAGAUCAGUUAUCUGCAACACAGAAUGCUCCACGUUCUCGAAGUAACCUUCCAUUAACAUCACAGCAACAAUCUCAAUUAUUAGACAAUAAACAAGCACCUUCUAAUGAAACAUUAACCGAUGAAAUGACUCCUCCACGUCCAGAUAUUUCUUUUCAAACUUUUAAACAACCAACUAUUGGUGUUAAUUUUCGUUCUGAACUUGAAGCUGCUGAUGGUAAACAGACUCAGACUGAAUCGAUGACCAGUAAUGAUGCAGCUGUAAAUACAGCUAAAUCGGCAAAAUCUACAUCAACAAUAUCAAUAACAAAUUCAUCAAAAAUGUCUGAUGAAACGCCUUUAAAAGAAUUCGCAUCAGGAAUAUUCUCGAAACUUCGAAGUCUCAAUCUACUAUCGGAACCGUUUGAUGAACAACAAUUCUUCGUUAAUGAAGAUGAAUUCGAACAGACAAACAAUACUGCAGAUGUUGCAGCUAGUGAUGAUGAUGAUGAUAUAUCAGCAAAUGAUGCGAAAAAUUCCGAAGCUUUUUAUAAAGAAACACAAAAUGAAAAUAUCGAUAUAUCAGAUAUGGAUUCAUCAGCGGAUUUAUUUGUUCGACAAAGUUUUUACGGUAUGACAAAAGAAGUAUCAAAUUUAAUUAAAGAAAAUAAUGAACUUCUUGAAACAAAAAAUGCAUUGAAUGUACUUAAAGAUGAUUUAUUAGUAAAAAUUGAAGAAUUAACAAAUGAACAAGAAAUUCUUCGAGAAGAAGUUAGUUCAUUACAAACAGUUAAAAGUCGAUUACAAUCGAGAAUAACUGAAGUUGAAGAUGAACUUCGUAAAACACGUGAAGAACUUGAAAAAAAGAAAAAAGAAGAAGAGGAAGAUGUACCGAUGGCAGAUAGAAAGCGUUUUACUCGAGUUGAAAUGCAACGUGUUCUUCUUGAACGUAAUCAAUACAAACAACGUUUAUUUGAACUUGAAGAAGCUAUUCAUUGGCAAGAUGCUUUACGUGCAUCUAGACAAGAACAAAUGCAUACAACGUCAGCUAUGAAUACAAUGAAUGAUAGUGCAUUUGAUCAUACACAAAACAAGAAAAGAACAACAUUUUGGAAACUUUUUUCGGGAUUAUUUGGUGCUAGUGUUAAAGAUAUUCCACCAAAACGUACAGCUACAACAAAUCUAUCAUCACUUUCUACAACAAUUACACGUAGUCCAACAAAUGAUCAAAUAACACCAAUCAUCAAUAGACAAGAAAAUACAACAGAUGAAACUCAUCCAUUAGAACGAUCAAUAUCAGAGAGUACGACAGUUAUUGAUAUACCAAAACAAUCAUCAUCAUCAACACGUCGGAGUAGUUCAAUAUUAAUUAACGAUGAUAAUCGUCUUCAAGCAUAUGGUUGGAGUUUAUCAUCAAAAAAUCAAUUGAAAUUAUCUGAAAUAAAUGGUAGAGUUCAAGUUAAUGUACCUGUGCCGGUUUAUUGUCGACCAAUAUUUCAUACAAAUGAUACAACACAAAUAUGGUGUGCUGUUGGUAUUGAUCUCGAUGGUUCAUCAUUAACUAAUGAUGAUCUAUCAACAAUAAAUGAAACAUCUGUUGAUCAAUUAAAUAAACAAUUAAUUGAAUCAUAUCAUCAAAUGAUUGAUGAACAAUUUUUAAAAUUAUCAUCAAUUGUUUGGAUUGCUGCUAAAUCAAAUGAUACAGCUAUGAUUACAAUUAUUGAUGCAAAUAAAGCUGAAAAAAUUAUUGAUACAUUUACAUUAGGAAAUACUAUUGUUUAUACUAUGGGUAGUGUUCCAGGACCAUCAAGUACAGAUUAUUCACCAUUUGAUGAUUCAAAAUGGACUUUAUUUGAAGCUGAUACAGCAUCAGCUAGUGAUGUAAAAAUAACACCAUGUACUGUUGCAUCACUUUCUAUAGGUGGAAGUCGUCCAAGUACAUCAGAAACACAUCCACUUGAAUUAAAAGCAUCUGAACAAACUUUAACUGAUUUAGCUCGUCAACAAGAAAAGAAAAAUAAAGAGAAUAGAACGCGUUCUGGUUCGAAAACAUUUUUCUCUUGGUCAGGUUUUGCUCGUCGAAAUGAUACCGACAAUGAAGAUAAAACAAAUUCAUCGACGAAAUAUCCAACUGUUUGGUUAGGAUCAGGUGAUGGAUGGUUAUAUAUUCAUUCAGCUAUAAGUGAACAUCGAAAAACAAUUGAAAAAAUUUGGCUUCGGCAUGCUAUUUAUAGUAUUGUUCAUGUUCGUGGUCGAGUAUUUGUUACACUUGCUAAUGAAAAAAUGAUUGUAUUUCAUCGUAAUAUAGAUGGAACAUGGAAUUUAAGUAAUAUUCAUUUAAUUGUAACUGGUAAAAGUCGAGAAUCAGUACGAUGUAUGAUUAAUGUUGGAGACACAGUAUGGUGUGGUGUAGCUAAUCGAGUUUAUGUUAUUCAUACACAAACAUUAGAAGUUCGAAAACAAUUUGAUGUUCACUCACGAUCGGAUCAUUCUGUUCAACAUAUGACUUGGUCUGGUGAUGGUGUUUGGUUAUCAAUUCGUUUGUCAAGUACUUUACAAUUAUAUCAUGCACAAACAUAUCAACAUUUACAAGAUGUUGAUGUACAACCAUAUGUUGAAAAAAUGAUUGCAACGGAAAAAGCUGGUCUUUAUUUUGUUCAUAUUAGUGCAUUGACGAUUGCAUGUCGUCGUCUAUGGAUUGGUACUGGUAAUGGUAUUAUUAUUUCUGUUCCACUUUCUGACAAUACAUCAACAACAACUCCAUCGAGUUCAUCAAUAACAACAAAACCUGGUUCUGUUGUUCGUGUCUAUGAUCAAACAUCAUCAAAUUAUAUUCCAUAUUGUAGUAUGAAUAAUGCCCAAUUAUCAUUUCAUGGUUAUCGUGAUGCUGUAAAAUUUUUUGUUGCUGUACCUGGUCAACCACCAUCAAAAUUACUUCAUGAUGAUGAAACAAUAAAUUCAACAUUAACUGCAAAUACAACUGAUACAUCAGCAUUAGCAUUUGGUGAUAUACUUGUUGUAAGUGGUGGUGAUGGUUACAUUGAUUUUCGUAUUGGAGAUUCAACAACAGACAAAAUUGAUGAUAUAAGUACUAGCAAUAGAAAUAUAUCAUAUCUUAUUGUUUGGCAUUUGGGUUCAACGUAA